AUGCCUCUGGAAGCCCGCGUCAAAUCUGUCCUGUCCGGCGACACCGUUGUGCUGUCGCAUAUCACCAACCCAGGACAGGAACGCACCUUGAGCUUGGCAUAUGUUUCAGCGCCCAGGUUGCGCAGAGAAGGCGAUGAGUCCUAUGCUUUUCAAUCCCGCGAAUUCCUUCGUGAGCUGCUCGUAGGAAAGGUCGUCCAAUUCAAUGUCCUAUAUACCAUCCCUACCGGUGCCAAACGCGAUUACGGUACAAUCAAGCUCCCUACUUUCGAAGUCUUGUUGCCCGACAUUAGCGUCCAGGAAGGAUGGGUCCGCGUCCGCGAGGAAGCCGGUAAACGUGGCGACGAGUCCGAAGAGACCGCUGCAUUGUUACAGCGUUUGCGCGCUUUAGAGGAGCACGCUCAGUCCGAAGAUAAGGGUGUCUGGGCCGGAGCCGACAAGGGCUACACGGAGACCACCUAUGAACUUUCCGAUGGAAAGGCCCUCGUCGAGGAAUAUAAAAACAAGCCCCUGGAGGCUAUCGUCGAGAGAGUCUUGAACGGGGAUAGGCUGGUCCUUCGCCUGCUUCUUACUCCCCAGGAGCACCUGCAGGUUGUGGUUGCUGUCGCCGGUGUCCGGGCGCCAGCUGCCCGACGGGUGAACGCCGAGGGGAAGGAGCAGCCUGCUGAGCCGUUCGGAGAUGAUGCACAGCAGUUCGUCGAGUCCCGGUUGCAGCAGCGUAAGGUCCAAGUGUCUCUCCUGGGUGUUACGCCACAGGGUCAAUUGAUCGCAACCGUUCUCCAUCCCAAUGGUAACGUUGCCAAGUUCCUUCUGGAAGAGGGCCUGGCCCGUUGCCACGAUCUGCACGCUCCCCUUCUCGGUGCUGAUAUGGUUAAUUUCCGCCGUGCGGAGAAGGCCGCCAAGGAUGCUCGGAAGGGUCUGUUUACCGGUCUUGUCGCUCCAAAGGGUCCUGCUGGCGGGGCCGCCGAGGACUAUAUUGUUAGCCGUGUGUUGAAUGCCGAUACCCUGUUCCUGAGAAACAAGGCUGGCCAGGAAAAGAAGAUCAGCCUGAGCAGUGUUCGCCAGCCUAAGCCUUCUGACCCAAAGCAGGCACCCUUCGCGGCCGAUGCGAAGGAGUUUGCCCGUAAGAAGCUCAUCGGAAAGCAUGUCAAGGUGACCAUCAACGGCAAGAAGCCUGCUACCGAGGGAUACGAAGAAAGGGACGUUGCCACUGUCAUCCAGGGAAAUACCAACAUUGCUUUGGCUCUUGUGGAGGCCGGAUACGCUUCUGUGAUCCGUCACCGUCAGGAUGAUGACGACCGCUCCCCCGACUAUGAUUCUUUGAUGAUCGCUGAGGCUGAUGCUCAGAAGGAUGGUAAGGGAAUGUGGUCUCCGAAGCCACCCAAGACAAAGCAGUACCAGGACUACUCGGAGAGCGUCCAGAAGGCCAAGAUGGAAGUUUCCAUCCUCCAGCGGCAAAAGCGUGUGCCGGCUGUCGUGGACUUUGUCAAGUCGGGCUCUCGUUUCACCGUUCUUGUGCCUCGUGAGAACGCCAAGCUAACCCUCGUCCUCUCGGGUAUUCGCGCGCCUCGGUCGGCCCGUAACCCCAAUGAAGCGUCUGAACCUUUUGGACAGGAAGCACAUGACCUAGCCAACAGGCGUUGCAUGCAGCGUGAUGUCGAAAUCGACGUCGAGACAAUCGACAAGGUUGGUGGCUUCAUCGGCACUCUGUACGUCAACAAGGAGAACUUCACCAAGGUCCUUCUCGAGGAAGGUUUUGCUACUGUUCAUGCCUACUCUGCAGAACAGUCCGGACAUGCCACCGAGUACUUCGCGGCGGAGCAAAGGGCCAAGGAAGCUCGCAAAGGACUCUGGCAUGACUGGGAUCCUAGCAAGGAUGUUGAGGAGCAAGAAGAGGAGACCACUGACACCAACGCCGCGGAUGAGGCUUCUCAGCGCCGCAAGGAUUACCGUGAUGUGAUGGUUACUUACGUUGACCCCACCAAUGGCCGCCUGAAGAUCCAGCAGAUUGGCACCGGCACCUCUGCGCUCACGGAACUGAUGAAUGCAUUCCGCUCAUUCCACCUGAACAAGGCGAAUGACACACCAUUGCCUGGCCCUCCCAAGGCCGGUGAUCUCGUCGCCGCCAAGUUCACUGAGGAUAAUGAGUGGUACCGCGCUAAGGUGCGCCGCAAUGACCGUGAGAAACAGCAGGCCGAGGUACUCUACAUCGACUUCGGUAAUUCCGAGGUUCUUCCCUGGUCUCGUCUCAGGCCCUUGAGCCAGCCUCAGUUCUCCGUGCAGAAACUCCGUGCCCAGGCUGUGGACGCGGUUCUCUCCAUGGCUCAGCUCCCUGGCUCCGGUGACUACCUGCAGGAUGCUGCCGAGUUCCUGGAAGAGCAGCUCUACAACCGGGAGCUUGUGGCGAACGUGGACUACGUUUCUCCCGAGGGAACCCUGCACGUUACUCUGAUGGACCCCACCGAGUCCAAGAACUUGGACCACAGCAUCAAUGCUGACCUCGUGCGGGAGGGUCUCGCCAUGGUACCCAGAAAGCUGAAGGCUUGGGAACGUUCUGCCGCGGAGACGCUGUCACACCUGCGUAGCCAGGAGGACGAGGCGAAGCAUGAGAGACGCGAUGCCUUUGUGGGGGUCGAAAUCCAGCCAGGAGAGCGACAACGCCGCGCUCGAAAGCGAUCCCAAGAACGACCCCGUUGCGUCGCGUCUCAGGCGGCGGGGACGGAAUGGCUGGCCGGACAUUUGAACCAUCUCACCGAGGAUCAGGAGAAGAAGCUGCAGGAGUUUAAGAAACUAUGUGAAGAAAAUGGAUACUACAAAUCCGCGAGUGACCAGGCGGAGGCGAGCCAUGAUGAUGCGACAAUACUGCGGUUCCUGCGCGCCCGCAAAUUCGACGUGAAUGGCGCUUGGGGCCAAUUCAAGGACACCGAGGAUUGGCGCAAGGAGAAUGCCAUCGAGUCUCUGUACGAGAAUAUCGAUGUGGAGUCGUAUGACGCCGCGAGGAGGAUGUACCCUCAAUGGACAGGUCGCCGGGACCGCCGUGGUAUCCCCGUUUACGUGUUCGAGAUCAGGCACCUGAACAGCAAGAACAUGGCCGCUUAUAACUCUACCAUGACCGAUCCCUCCGCGACGGCGGAAACGCACAAGUCCUCCACAGUGCCGCAGCGUCUCUUGCGUCUCUUUGCUCUCUAUGAGAACCUCCUCCGGUUUGUCAUGCCCUUGUGCUCCCAAUUGUCCCGCCCGCAUCCCGACACGCCCAUCGUGAGUUCGAACAACAUUGUCGAUGUCAGCGGUGUUGGUUUGAAGCAGUUCUGGAACUUGAAGGGUCACAUGCAGGACGCGAGUGUUCUGGCUACGGCGCAUUACCCGGAGACCUUAGACCGCAUUUUUAUCAUUGGAGCUCCUUCCUUCUUCCCAACCGUCUGGGGCUGGAUCAAGCGCUGGUUUGACCCCGUCACUACCUCUAAGAUCUUUAUCCUCUCCUCUGCGGAGGUCCUGCCUACCCUCAGUUCUUUCAUGGACCCGACCACUAUCCCUAAGCAGUACGGCGGCCAGCUAGACUGGCAAUGGGGCGACAUGCCCAACCUUGACGACGAGGCCCGGAAACUUGUCGGCGGGCUGGAGACUGCUCCCGCCGAGGGAGAGAGCAAACCCAGUUUCAUCAAGGGCCCUGUCUUGUUCAAGGGGGAUCAUGUCGAGGUCCUGGGUAAGGUGAACGGCGAGAGCCGAAAGAGCAGCGUUCCCGUGCCGGUAGCGCAAGCGGCUGAGUCGACCUCAGCCUCGGAGCAGCAGAAGUCGGACGAUGCUCUCGCCGCCGAGGUCAAUGAGAAGCUCGACCUGCAGAAUGGCACUACCGAGAAGACCAGCAACGGAGACGUCGCUGCUUAA